GGGAAUGAGGCUGCAGCCAGGAACAAGGUUUCCUUCACCCCCACCCUGUUCCUUCGCUCUCCAAAAGUUACAAAGUACGGCUAUUCCUACCAUCUGACCAGGACGGUGCAGCUCAGCCAGCCACUGCACUGGAAUUUCCCAGGAGCCGGGGGAGCCUGGAAUUUGGACUUUUCCUGACCAACUGAAGUGGAACAGGGAGCUUGACUGACCCAGGAGAGCACAAUGGAUCGCGAACCACCAAGCAGGAUUGGCAGCAAGCCCUCAGAUCUAGGAGACUUUUCUGCCACCAGGUUUCUCUCAAAUCCACUGAUGGGAGGUGUUGAGUCUGAUUGGUCUCCAAUGCAUGAAGCUGCAAUCAAUGGGCGUCUGCUCUCUUUGAGGCGUCUCAUCAGCCAGGGGUGGGGUGUGAACAUCAUCACAGCAGAUUGUGUGUCCCCACUCCAUGAGGCCUGUCUUGGAGGUCAUCCCGCUUGUGCAUCCAUUUUAUUGAAGCAUGGAGCUGAGGUGGAUGGCGUUACCACAGACUGGCACACUCCCUUGUUUAAUGCUUGUGUCAGUGGCAGCCAGGAAUGUGUGAAUUUGCUUCUGCAGUAUGGAGCCAGCCCCCACCCUGCAUGUGAUCUGGCAUCUCCCAUCCAUGAAGCUGCUAAGAGAGGCCACAUGGGGUGCAUCGAGUCCAUUGCAGCUCAUGGGGGUAACAUUGACUAUCAUAUCAGCCACCUGGGCACUCCACUCUAUUUGGCUUGUGAAAACAAGCAGAUAGCCUGUGUCAAGAAGCUUCUGGAAUCAGGAGUAAAUGUGAACCGAGGCCGAGACCUGGAGUCCCCUCUUCAUGCAGUGGCUAGGGCGUCCAAUGAGGAGAUGGCCACCCUGCUCUUGGACUUCGGAGCAGACAUGCAGGCCAAGAAUGCUGAAGGCAAACGUCCCUUCGAGUUGGUGUCUCCAGAUGACCCUCUGUUUCAGCUCUUCAUGCAGAGAGAAGAGCCCCCUUCUUUGAUGCAGUUAUGCCGCCUUCAAAUCCGGAAGUGUUUUGGGAUCCAGCAGCAUCAUAAGAUCAAUGAACUCCUCCUCCCAGAUGAGCUGAAAAAUUUUCUCCUGCACAGUUAAGUGUGUCAAGGCAAGCGUUAUCACUGUGCUGUAGCCACAGGAAUUCCUAAAUAAAGUUGUUGUGUUUUUUUUUUUUUUCAAUGG